CCCGUCCUACCCACAAUGCUAGUCGCAGGUUCAGCUUGGGGGUCUCGAUGACAAGCCGGUAGCCAGCUGAACAUGUAAAUAAUAUUUCUGUACCAUAAUUUAUUAUCUCUACAAUGUUGGUAACAGAAGUUUCUCUGUAGUUUAGUGGUAAAAAAGCAUUUCGAGAUAUCUAAAAUGAACGACCGGAGCAAAUUAAGCAGCUUUUCUCUGCAGUCCGGUGCGGAUAUUCCCAAAUAUGGUCAAUGUUCUGAAGGGGGUUCUUGUUGAGUGUGACCCUGCAAUGAAGCAGUUCCUCUUAUACUUGGAUGAAACCUCGGCCCUGGGGAAGAAAUUCAUCAUUCAGGACCUUGACGACACGCAUGUCUUCAUUCUGGCAGAAGUAGUUCAGAUUCUUCAAGAGAAAGUAGGGGAACUGAUGGACCAGAACUCAUUUCCCAUUACCCAGAAGUAAAGGAAUGUGCUUUACAACAAGGAAGAGCUCCUUUCAGAGAGCAUGGUUUUUUCAAGUGGAAAUCUUUAUGAUUUGUGGUUUGCGCAGUAUAUGAGCUGUGUUUCUCUCUAUUUCUGUAUUGAUGCACUGUACCAUUUUGGUCAUCUUCAGUUGGAUAGUGUAUUUAAAUUAGUUUUUUUAAAAUGAAUUACCCAGUUGAAGUUUGGAAUAUAAAAUCAACUACCUAUUGUGGCUUUUUUACAGCUACACACAAACAUAAUGUUCAUUACUGUCUGUUCAUAUGUGUUAAAUGAAUUAAACACCCAAUGUUUUAA